UCACAUUCGUUGUUCAGCAGUCAAAACAAGGGAUUACAUUUAGCGGUUUGCCCUUAUUUAGUGACUGUUUGGGGGAAAUGUCUGUCACUAUUACUUUAAGCAGUCGGUCACCAAUCUAGCAAAAAUAUUUAUUAGGAAUUUGUUUACUUUCACUUUAGGAUAAAACUCAGACAACAAUGAAUCCCAAGAGGUAAGGAGCGUCAUGCUAUAGUUAGCUAACCGGCUACUUCAGCGAACUAAAGUGAUUUAGCUAACGUGAGCAUUAUUUUAUCCUGUCAACUAACGCUAGCUACAAGUUUACUGGUUAACAUUUUGUUUGAUAGCGAGCUAGCAGUUUUUUAUGUUUGUCUAAACCCUCAAAACGGUAUUCUUCAUCGCUUGCUAGCACGAGUCAUAAGGAGUCAUAACCUAGCGGUCAAACACGGACAUUGUUCCAAUCGUUUUUUUCACAAUUAAUAUGGGGAUUUUAGAAACACUUCAAACAAGGUCUGUUUGUUUUUCAUGUCGCUAGGCUUUCCCUAGCGUGACGUUUAGAUUUACACGGUUAUCAAUCUCGGACAAGGUGACUUAUCAAUAUAUUCGGCUUUAUUUACUCUCAGAUUCGAAAAUGCUAAUUGGAAUCAAAAGUAGACAUCAUACAAGACUAACGUAUAGCCCUUGAUCAGGACUCUCAGCUCAAUUACACGAGUCAUUGGACGAAGGCGUCUUGUAGCGGGGGAGUUUUGUUAAGAGCCACGACGCUCGGUCUGAACAUUAACACGCAUCGCUUGCGGUACGGUUUUGGAAGCAAAAUGACCUUAUCUUUCAUAUAGGCGAGAAAUAAAAAUAAAUAAAUAAAAGGUUAAAUUGAUACAUACUUUUUAUUUUAUAGGGUUAGGGUUCCCACAUGGCCAUAUUUCCAUGUUACCGAAGCUGUCUUUGAAUACCCAUACUAACAUGCUGUAUACUACAUACUUAAUGAGUAUAUACUAUUAGUUCAUUUUAGUAUACGAAUGGUAUCCUUUCAGUUGAGCAUACUAGCGCUUCGCCUGUCUCCCGGAAGUUGAUACUGUUGCUAUGCAACCUCUUGUUAGCUUGUUAUCAUAACAAAUUACUAGGUAGACAUUUUACCACUUCGGGUGUCUCCGUAAAUUCAAUCUGGAGUGCGCUCUGGGCGUUUGUAAAUUCAGAGCGUUGUGAGAUUGUCUGUUCGUAAAUUCAGAGGGUUUCGUUCUCGUGGUUGAUCCGAGCGUUCUGACCUCACAACGGCAGUCAAGCACCCAAGCUAACUGGCUAACGUUGGCUAGCUUGCUAGCUACUUCCAGACACAAAUGAGAGAACACCUCACUAUGUAGUAGGUAUGUACCAGUACAGAGGGAUAGGCCAACAAGUUAUAUAUGUUUCAGUAACAUUGGAUUUUUAGCAUUUAUAGCAAUGGUUAUUAAUUGUACUGCAGGGAUGGAACGUAAGUCGAAGAAAAUUGAGGUUGUGGUGGCAGCUGCAGAGAGGUAUUUGGGUUUGCGAGACUUGACAUCAGAAGGGUUACAGGGAGUGUUAAGUGGUGAUGUUCCCAUCAGUUCAGGUUGAGGGCAUGAGGUAGGAAUGAAUAUAUUUAAAUAGUGGAGUAGGGUGGUGUUAAUUAUUAAUACUUUUUUUUUUUUUGUGAGUGUAGUGUUUGAUGGUAGGGUAUUUAUUUUAUUUUUCAAGCAAAAUAUAAGGGAGUUGUACUCCAGUCUAGUAGGUGGCGGUAAUGCAACAAAUUGGAUGCCAACCACCAUUAAACCUCAUCGAAGAAGAAGAAGAACACCUCACUCUGACCAUUUUACUCGCCCUAGCAGAGCUGGUUAGACUGUUUUCAUGUUAUCCAGAGCGUUGGUGACGAACUAUGCUGCUGGCAACAAUUUAAUAAUGCUUUUUUUGCCAACGUUUACUGACACUGGCCAUAUUCAACAGGUGUUGAGCAUUUGUAAAUUCAUCAGUUAUUCUGCUCUCUGGCACACCCAGACAAGAGUGCUCUGAAAUUGGAGUAGAUAGCCAGAGUGAAUUAACAAUGACCAUUGAGAACGCACAACGACUAUACCACUUAGCUAAGCUAAGAAUUACAUAUAGUUAAUAUACUGGCAAGUUCGAUGUAUUAGUAGCCAACUAAAGUUAGGUAGCUAGCUAACAUACCGGUGCAUACAGCUGUAAUGAUAAGCUGUGGUUCGUAAGGAUAGCGUAGCUAACAAAUUGUCAGCCAACGUAACUUAUUUGAAAAGUCAUUACUUUAUUACAUUGCUCACUUUUUCUUAACAUUUGUCAUAAUUAGUUAAAGCAAUGAAAUUGUAUCCACUCUCGUCGGACUUCGGCUGCAUAUUUUCCGCCAUUUUCUUGAAAUCUGAAAACGUUGUGAAGCCACGCCCAUUUUCUGAAGAAUUGUAUUAUGGUCCCUAAAAGCACGGAAAUAGUGUCCACUGCUUGUAUACUUCGUAUUUUGGCGAAUUUAGUACGACAUCCGGGAACUUUUGGCAUACUCACUAUAUCUAUACUAUGACCAAUAAGCACAGAUACUCAAUUUAUGUCACAAAUAGUAGGUUUAGUAUUAGUAUUCGAACAAAGCUCAAGUGUACUAUCUGUGCCAAAUAGCUAUCUUGCUUCUCCGAACACCUGUGUGUAAAUGGAAGACAGACGCCACAAACUUGUUGUCACUGAAAAAAACUGUUGGCUGCAACUGUGUUAAAACCAGUUAAAACAGUGUGUAUUUUGCAUUAGUGAAAUUAUUUUGAUGUGAUAUGAAAGUAGAGGGAUGUAUGUUUCUAGAACCGUACCACGAGUCAGAAUCGAUUCACGUUUAUCAAAUCAAGUCAAUUUUUAUUGGUCACAUACACAUGUUUAGCAGACGUUAUUGCGGGUGUAGCGAAAUGCUUGUGAUGCACCUGUACUGACCUCGCCUUCUGGAUGAUAGCGGGGUGAACAGGCAGUGGCUCGGGUGGUGGUUGUCCUUGAUGAUCUUUUUGGCCUUCCUGUCCUGGAGGGCAGGUAGUUUGCCCCCGGUGAUGCGUUGGGCAGACCGCACCACCCUCUGGAGAGCCCUGUGGUUCGGGCGGUGCAGUUGCUGUACCAGGCGGUGAUACAGCCUGACAGGAUGUUCUCAAUUGUGCAUCUGUAAAAGUUUGAGGGUUUUAGAUGCCAAGAUACAUUUCUUCAGCCUCUGGCCCCGAGCUUAAUGAUGAGCUUGGAGGGUACUAUGGUGUUGAAUGCUGAGCUAUAGUCAAUGAACAGCAUUCUUACAUUGGUAUUCCUCUUGUCCAGAUGGGAUAGGGCAGUGUGCAGUGUGAUGGCGAUUGCAUCGUCUGUGGAUCUAUUGGGGCGGUAAGCAAAUUGGAGUGGGUCUAGGGUGUCAGGUAAGGUAGAGGUGAUAUGAUCCUUAACUAGCCUCUCAUGACAGAAGUGAGUGCUACGGGGUGAUAGUCAUUUAGUUCAGUUACAUUUGCUUUCUUGGGUACAGGAACGAUGGUGGACAUCUUGAAGCAAGUGGGGACAGCAGACUGGGAUAGGGAGAGAUUGAAUAUGUCUGUAAACACUCCAGCCAGCUGGUCUGCGCAUGCUCUGAGGACUUGGCUAGGGAUGCCGUCUGGGCCGGCAGCCUUGCGAGGGUUAACACGCUUAAAUGUCUUACGUCGGCCAUGGAGAAGGAGAGCCCACAGACCUUGGUAGUGGGCCGCGUCGGUGGCACUGUGUUAUCCUCAAAGCGGACGACGGUGUUUAGCUUGUCCGGAAGCAAGACAAUUGUGUCCGCAACAUGGCUAGUUUUCCCUUUGUAGUCCGUGAUUGUCUGUAUACCCUGCCACAUAAAUGUCUCGUGUCUGAGCCGUUGAAUUAGAUGUAGUAUUUGGCUGUUUUGGCUUCCAGAGCCAAUUUGCCCUUUAAAAAGGACAUGUAACUUGGACAAAGGAGUAACAUUAUGUUCCUUUAGUCGAAUAUUGGGCUAACAAGACUACAAAUCCCUGCAAGCUCCUGCACUUCGUCUCUAUCUGACACCUUUGUAGUCAGCUAGCUAGCUACUAGCAACCUUGAUCCAAAAUGGAAGAUAUAUUGAACAUUUUCAUUUACUGUUCCAUAUUUUAGUUAACUAACAUUUGUUGGCUUAUUAUUGCAUUUGGAAUUGUCUUAUACAGAAUACUAUCCUAGUAGCAGUUAGAUAUUUACGUGCCAUGAAUACUAGGCUAGUUCUUUGCAAAGAAGCUAGAUAGCUACCUAACGUUAGAUAUUAUUAGCAACAUACCCUUAUUUUACCAGAUCCUCUUCUCCUUCAGCCGGUGGAGGUCUACAUUUAAUCCCUUAUAAAUUCUGCAAACUAUAGACGGGUUGGCUGACAAUGUCAUGAAAAUGAUGCACACACAUCGAUGUGGCUAGUUGACAGGUGAUAACUCAGGCACGCCCAUUGGUGCUGGAAUAGAGAAAGUGCAAAUAAGGUUUGCAAUUUGGCAGCAAUUACAUGACCGUAAUUCUACCUAAAAAAUAAAUGUGUGAAUACCAGUUAAUUUAAAACUCACCAUGGCAGGUAGGAUUAAAUAAGGUUACAUCAUCUUGCCUACUAGCUAUACUAAUGAUCUGCUGUCCAGAAGGUAACAGCAAACGGAUCAAUGUCUUCCUGCAGUAAAGAAUGCACACUGUUGACUCGAAUGCUAAUCAGUCCAUCUCUGAAACCUCUCAAAAAGCCAGACCAAAAUAAUACAGGUAGCUACAAGUCAAGUAGUGCUUGAAGUAGGCUACCAACCCUUCAGACGCAAACAAACAUCAAGAACACCUAGCUUCACCAUCUAAGUUAGCUAGUUAACUAGCAAGCUAGACUGUUGGUUUAUAAAAGCCAAAGAAAGCUAAACUAGUUUUUAUGAAAUUCUCAUGCAUUUAAAUAGCUAGACUUUGGAUGUUAAUUUUUAAACGUUAAUCGUUUAGCUGCCGAAAAUACAUUUUACCAGUAAUGCUUAUCGAUCUAUAGGGUAAUUUGCAUAAUUGUGUGCAAUUAAAUUGGCACGUGUGUAUUUUCGUUAGUUGUCAGGCAUCUUAUUUAUCACACGCGCAGUAUACAGAGCCUAGGUUGAGGAUCGGAAUAGCCUACAACCUGUCAGACAGCGCGAGAGUAGCUCAUAAAGUCUAGUCUACUGGAGUGAAACUUGCUUUUGUAAGCCCAGUCAUUGUGCAACAAAUAACAAUUCUAAAUGCAAUUGUAUGUUAAAAACUUUGGUGGCCACGAGUAAAAGGAGCUAUUUUUAUUUCUCAAUCUCAACUCGUAAUUAAAGCGCACCUCCCAUUCGCCAUUCGGGUGUAUAGGCUAUAGCCUGUCUUCCGUUGGCUAUCAGCGUGUCACCCACCACUUUGUCGCAGUGACAUUCUAUUCGUUAUGUCGUUAUGAAAAAGUAUAAACACAAAAACUACAGGCUGCAUGACAUCAGCAGCCUGGUACUCCAAAAUAGCAUAACUAGUCUAUUUUAUCAUCAAUAAACCCACCCGUUUUAAAAAUGAGUUUAGUAUGUGUUUUUUAAACCAGGCAACUAAAAGCAAUUUCUAAACAAUGUUUUGGUUCAUUUCUAGCUAGCUAGCUAGCUAAUGUUAAGUUAGCUGGCUAGCCAGUUCAGAUAAUGACCAUAUCUUAAGAUGACACCGUCUUCACUUUAGCUCAUUACUCUUCAUUAUUAUAAGAAAUGACGAAAUGACAAAAUAAAAGCAGGGCAUUCUACCAGAGAAUUUUUGAACUUGGACACUCUCGUUGGCCUAACGUUAUAUCCUAAUUUGACUUUGGUGCAGGUCAUGUUCUUCACAUUACCAUCUGGUAAACACAUACUAUAUCAAAUAAAAUCAACAUUUAUUUGUCACAUGCACAGGAUACAGAAGGUGUAGUGAAAUGGUUACUUUCACUACACAUAGUGGAGUCUCUUGUUAGCUAGCUAGCUAAACGAUGAACCAUAAUCCCAACUCAUAAUGUUACUACCCUGCAUGAAUCUGCAGGUAGCUAACCAACCAGGUUAAAUGUUAGCUAGCCAGCAUUAGGCUAUAACUAGCAAUGCAAAUGGCCCUGAGAUACAAAUAAUAUUACUACGCAGAUCAUACACGUAACGUUAGCUAGCGAGCCAGCUAACAGUAGCUAGCUAACAGUACACUUUAACUUGAAAUGAAAACAACUUUCGGACAAAAUUUGAAAUGUAUAAUAUCUGAAAAUGUAGCUAGCUAGACUAUCUUACCCAUAUACAUGGAUGGACGCUUCUCCCUCUCUCACGGAUGCCAUGGUUGCACUUAGUUUUAAGAUGUAAUCCGGAGACAGGUGUUUUAUACAAGAGCCUUCUGUGUGUUCACUUUUCGACUCCCUCUGCAUAUUUACAAUCAAACUCCAGAAUUGUCUCCAUCUCCUUAGCUAUCAUACUCUAAUUCCACCGGGCAUUCCACUGAUUUCAAAACUCAGUCCUCCAGAAAGUGGAGAGCAACACUUUUGCAGUUCAACUAUGUGAUAUCUCUCAAAAAAGCUGUGUUUUUUUGAAAGGAAUACCUACACAUACUGACCAGCUCAUGUUAUAGACAGAAGCGUGCUACAUGGCAGACCAAUCCGAACUCAUCUCUCGGUAUUUCCAGCUCAUCCAUUAUCUCAGCCGAUCAUGGCUAGCGGGAAGGUCCUGUCUUUUUCGUGGCUAAACCAACUAGGCUCGUAAUUUUAACAGUUUUAUUUGUAUUUACAGAUGGCAUACAAGUUUGUUAUUAAGGCACAUGAAAGUUCACGUUCCAGAAGGCAUUUCUGCCAAAAAAUUAAUUUUGAUUAAAAAAAAAAUAUAUAUUUUACAUUCAAAUGCCUCUCCUGUGAAGUAGUGACGCGCGACAUAUGCCUAAUUUCCUGAAACAAGUCACAUAUACAGAUCUCUAAUAGUAUUUUCUGUUGGUCACGUCAUUUUACUGUUUGGGAAAAAUUUAACCGUUUGUUGACCGGUUAAUGAGGGUCAGUUAGUCGGCAGCAAAACUGACCGAAAUUUGCAUCACUAGGCUAGAAAAAUGGCUAACUAACUAAACUUGCCCAGACAGUUCACAAAACAGUCAAUUUAUUCAUUACAAAAUUUAGUUAAUAUUAGUUUAUCCAGAGAUUCUUAGCUUUGCCUUGAUGUCAGUCUCGUCCAGAUCAUCAUGGCCCUGGUGAGUGAUGUGAAGCUUGAGACAGGCAUUUCUAGUUCUGUAUGAUAGCCACAUUAGCAGCUAAUUAGCAUUUCAUUUUGGGGGGUAAAUACAGGCGAAUAUAUUGAUAAGUCACCUUGUCCGAGAGGAAUUUACACUGUUAGCAAAACGUCACACCAGGGUAAGUCUACACGAAGCACAGCCCUUAUUUGAAGUGUUUCUAAAAUCCUCUAUGGGAAAAAUGAAUGGUGGAAAAACGAUUGGAACCAUUUCCGUGUUUGACCACUAGGUUUUAUGGGUAUUAUGACUCAUACUGUGGUACUCUAUUAUUAAUUUAGCCAGGUAACGUUAAAGGUUGCUUGGCUAACUAGCUAGCCAACCGCUAGUUUAAACCACUUAAAUGUAAUCAAAAAUGUAAUCUACUUAAUCCCCAAAAUGAUUUAUUUAUCAUGAGAGGGCCAUAAACAAUAACUAGUAAUGCUGCGUACUCAAAGAAAAGUUAAAAUCUCACCUUUCUGGUAAAAAAUAGUUAUAAAUUGCUGAGGUGUAGGAGACUUCACUUUUGAGGACAGAAACUCAAGUACACAAUACAAAUGUGAUAAAAAUAUGGAAUAUUUUAUAUAUUUCCUAUUCAACAAACUGUAUGAAUAAGGCGUGAAAUAAUUUAUAUGCUUUCAAAAUAUAAUAUAAUAAAAUUAUAAAACGACUAACUACAGUGCCUUCGGAAAGUAUUCAGACCCCUAGACUUUUUCCACAUUUUGUUACGUUACAGCCUUAUUCUAAAAUGGUUUAAAAUAAUUACAAAUCCUCAGCAAUCUACACACAGUACCCCAUAAUGACAAAGCGAAAACAGGUUUUUAGAAAAACCAAGCCAUGAGGUCGAAGGAAUUGUCCGGAGAGCUCCGUGACAGGAUUGUGUCGAGGCACAGAUCUGGGGAAGAGUACCAAAAAAUGUCUGCAUUAUGAAGGUCCCCAAGAACACUAUGGCCUCCAUCAUUAUUAAAUGGAAGAAGUUUGGAACCACCAAGACUCUUCCUAGAGCUGGCUGCCCGGUCAAACUGAGCAAUCGGGGGGAGUGACCAAGAACCUGAUGGUCACUCUGACAGAGCUCUAGACUUCCUCUGUGGAGAUGGGAGAAACUUCCAGAAGGACAACCAUAUCCACCAAUCAGGCCUUUAUGGUAGAGUGGCCAGACGGAAGCCACUCCUCAGUAAAAGGCACAUGACAGCCAGCUUGAAGUUUGCCAAAAGGCACCUAAAGACUCUCAGACCAUGAGAAACAAGAUUCUCUGGUCUGAAGAAAACAAGAUUGAACUCUUUGGCCUGAUUGCCAAGGGUCACAUCUGGAGGAAACCUGGCACCAUCCCUACGGUAAAGCAUGGUGGUGGCAGGCACUGGGAGACUAGUCAGGAUCGAGGGAAAGAUGAACGGAGAAAUCUUUGAUGAAAACCUGCUCCAGUGCGCUCAGGACCUCAGACUGGGGCGAAGGUUCACCUUCCAACAGGACAUCGACCCUACGCACACAGCCAAGACAACGCAAGAGUGGUUUCGGGACAAGUCUCUGAAUGUCCUUGAGUGGCCCAGCCAGAGCCCGGACUUGAACCCAAUCGAACUUCUCUGGAGAGACCUGAAAAUAGCUGUGCAGCGACGCUCCCCAUCCAACCUGACAGAGCUUGAGAGGAUCUGCAGAGCAGAAUGGGAGAAACUCGUCAAAUACAGGUGUACCAAAGAAGACUCAAUGCUGUAAUCACUGCCAAAGGUGCUUCAACAAAGUACUGAGUAAAGGGUCUGAAUACUUAUGUAACAGUGACAUUUCCGUUUUUUAUUUUUAAUAAAUUAGCAAACAUUUCUAAAAACCUAUUUUUGCUUUGUCUAUGGGGUAGUGUGUGUAGAUUGAUGAGGAAAAAUAACAAUUUAAUCACUUUUAGAAUAAGGCUUUAACGAAACAAAGUGGAAAAAGUCAAGGGUUCUGAAUACUUUCCGAAGGCACUGUAUAAUAUUUAACUUCCUUAACUGUAAAAUACAUAUUUCUGUUUUUAUUGUUAGAGAAAAUGUGCAUAUGUUCUACAGGUCUCUCUUGAUCCAAAACGUCUGCCCCCAUCGCUGUGAAUGUCUCAGAGCUCUAGCUUGGCUUCCUGAACUCGUCAGGAACUCACCUUUAAUCCCGUAUUAAUCUUGUCCGUCUAUGACAGUGUUUUUUUUGUUUAAAAUCUAUUAUUUAUUUUAGAUUAAUGGCUAUAAAUCCAUCUCUGAAUGUUUUACAGUGAUGACACCACUCUCUCCUGCUGUGCUACGAUUUAACGAUUGCAGGCAUGUGCUUUGUCAGUGGCUGUGACGUAGGGUUCAGCCAGGAGAAGGACAUGCCAGCUUCAAGUAGCUUUAGAUUUCACAUCCUACAUCACACAGGCUCAGAAAAAUAUACUCUGUGUCCAUGGGAACCAGGGCUAUCGCUCAAUGCUAGCUAUUUCGAUCUACGUUUUGUACAGAUUGAUUUAUAAGCUAAAAUGUUGGUCAGAACCGGUACCAGAACCACGCAGGUCCGCUAAACAGGGGACUUUACAUCUAAGAGGUUCAGUCUAGCUAGCCAUUUCACAUAAAUGUUUUCAGUUACCAAGUUGGUCAAUAAAUUAGCUACCUUUACUCAAGUUAUCGCAUGUCUAGCUAACUAACUUAGCUAGCUAGCUAACAAACAAUGGCCCCAUCUAGCUAGCUUGGUGGUGGUACUACUAGCAAGCCUGUUAUUUUUAGUGAAGCCUUACUUGGCUAGAUGGAGAGUAAGUUUGUUACGUUUGCCAAGAGAAGGCUUUGGUUGUUGUUAUCUAGCAUUCCGUUAAAAUUUAUUCAACAAAUGUGAAGAGAACAACAAAUGUGUAUGUUUUGUAUUAACAGGACGUCAUGAGUGCUGAUGGUGGCAGAUUCCCUAACUACUUACCUGUGAUGGCUGAAAGUCCACAUUUAGAUGACAACUCAAGCGACACUGAGAACUGGGAAAGUAAUCUUCACAGACACUCAAGGUGAUAAACUAGCACUCAUUAGGGAAGAGUACUGUAUUGUUACUUACAGAAAGAAUUGUAGAACACAGAAUUGUUUUUUUUACAUUUUAGUCAUUUAGCAGACGCUCUUAUCCAGAGCUACUUACAGUUAGUGAGUGCAUACAUUUUUCAUACUGGCCACCGUGGGAAUCGAACCCACAACCCUGGCGUUGCAAGCGCCAUGCUCUAACAACUGAGCUACAGUAGAAGGACUCCUGAAUGUGCUUGAUUGUUCUUGAUUGUUCAGCAUUCAAGACAACUGUCCAGUACCAUUUUAUAUACAGUGCCUUCAGAAAGUAUUCACACCCCUUGACUUUUUACACAUUUUGUUGAUACAGCUUAAAUUAAAAGUUGAUAACAUUUUUACAACUUUUAAUUAAAAAGGAAAAAAGGAAAUGUCUUGAGUCAAUAAGUAUUCAACCUCUUUGUUAUGGCAAGACUAAAUAAGUUCAGGAGUAAAGAUUUACAUAACAAGUCACAUAAUAAGUUGCAUGGACUCACUCUGUGUGCAAUAAUAGUGUUUAACAUGAUUUUUGAAUGAAAACCUCAUCUCUUUACCACACAUACAAUUAUCUGGGCUCCCGAGUGGCGCAGCGGUCUAAGGCACUGCAUCUCAGUGCUUGAUGCGUCACUACAGACCCCCUGGUUCGAUUCCAGGCUGUAUCACAACCGGCAGUGAUUGGGCGCACAAUUGGCCCAGCGUCGUCCGGGUUUGGCCGGUGUAGGCCGUCAUUGUAAAUAAGAAUUUGUUCUUAACUGCCUAGUUAAAUAAAGGUUAAAAAAUAUAAAAAAAAUCAAGGUCCCUCAGUCGAGCAGUUAAUUUCAAACACAGAUUCAACCACAAAGACCAAGGAGGUUUUCCAAUGCCUCACAAAGAAGGGCACCUAUUGGUAGAUGGGUAAAAAUAGAAAAAAGCAGAUAUUGAAUAUCUCUUUGAGCAUGGUGAAGUUAUUAAUUACACUUUGGAUGGUGUAUCAAUACACCCUGUCACUACAAAGAUACAGGCGUCCUUCCUAACUCAGUUUCUGGAGAGGCAGCUCAGGGAUUUCACCGUGAGGCCAAUAGUGACUUUAAAACAGAGUUUAAUGGCUGUGAUAGGAGAAAACUGAGGAUGGCUCAACAACAUUGUAGUUACGCCACAAUUCUAACCUAAUUGAGUGAAAAGGAAUACAAAUAUUCCAAAACAUGCUUCCUGUUUGCAAUAAGGCACUAAAGUAAUACUGCAACAAAUGUGACGAAGCAAUUCACUUUUUGUCCUGAAUACAAAGUGUUAUGUUUGGGGCAAAUGCAACACAUUACUGAGUACCACGCUCCAUAUUUUCAAGCAUAGUGGUGGCUGCAUCAGGUGAUGGGUAUAUUUGUAAUCGUUAAGGACUGGGGAGUUUUUCAGGAGUAAAAAAUGAACCAAAUGGAGCUGAGCACAGGCGACUCUUGCUCGACGCCCAAAACACAUUGAAAGUGCUGUGCACACGUACACACCAUCUCAUUAUUGCAGAGUCCUACUAGGAAGACAAAUAUUGCGUUCUAGAGAGGACUGGCAUGAACAUGAAGCUUUGCAUUUGCUCAUCAACUUAGCCUAUAAAAGGCCUAUUUUGUUUGAACGUAGAUGUGUAGGAACUAUAAUAUUUCAGUGAUAUUUCUGCUGUGCGCCGCUUUGACAGAUCCCAUGGGAUCAUGUGGCGCACUCUACGCUUAUAAGCCUAUUAUUUGCCGUGUUUAUAUAGCCCUAUUGGACUGAACUAGUAUUACUAGAGACGUUGGUUAUGUAAUUAUCCAAGCAUGUGCGUUAUUCCAGAGGACGAUUCACAAAGGAUUAGUGUUUCCAAACUGCCCACUGGUAAUUUUUAUUUUUAUGCCGGAAACCUGGAGGUUUAUAUUCGAGGUGUGAAGAUAUUUCAACGUCAUGUCUAGACAAUAGUAGGCUACACUGAUAUCUCGUGCUUGGCUGCCAAAUUUAUAAGUGUUCCCAUAAUAUUUAAAUUGAGGAAGUGUCAUUAUUCUAGCGCUCCAUGGUAGAUGUCCUUCCUAAUAAAAAUGCCCCCCUGUCGUCCUGAUUUGAGCUGCUGAACAGUAUUUGCGCUUGAUGCUUUUAUGGAUAAGAAAGUGAACUUGCCAUUUACAAAAAGGUUAUCGGCGAUGCACUGUUUUGCGAACUAUUGCCUAGGACAUUAGCAGCCAGCCAUGGUUUCAUUUAAAUAAGCUAGAGGUGCAAUAGGCUUACUUUUUAUUGCACAUUUAGGCCUAAUUAAACUAACUCAUUUGGCGAUGUUGAACUUCAAUUUACUGGCACUAUGUAAAAUAGCGUAGCCAUACUCAGUGAUAGCCUAAUCUAUACUUUAAUAUACUUUUGGUGAAUUUACUUGGCAUUGCAAGACAAGACAUUGCGAUAUAGAUUACCAAGAUAUAGACUAUGUGCACGGUUCCGACUGUCUGCCUGCCCCUCCUCUCACUCCCUCGCUGGCUUGCCUGCUCUUUCUCUUCUCAAGGAAAGAUGUGUGUGUUCAGUCUUUGGUCAGUGGUGUGUAGAAUAGCUCAGCCUACUCAUUGAGAGCCUCUACUUUAGUGAAUUUGCGAGACAUUGCAAGCCUCAAAGUUGUGAGAAACAGCAUUGCGAUAAAGGCCUACAGCUAUUCAUUAUGGAUGCACGGUUCUGACUCGGUCUGCCUGGCUGUGCCCCCCUCCCUCCCCUCCCUCACUAGCUUGCUCUUUCUUUGCUGUGAAAGAUGCAAGAGUUUGUUUUUUCGGAAGUAGCCUAUGGCAACUACUCCUCCAUUGCAAAAUUACUGAAUCUUAGGAUUUGAGGAGUCGUUCAAGACAGGAUAAAUAUAUUGUUUCGGGUGAUCAUAAAACAUGUUUUGUUAAAUCAUUUUUUCCUCAACUUGUUUCUCUAACUUUAUAGCAAGUCAAGCUAGCUUGCACUGCAUCAGUUGCCAUAAAGCCAUUACUGAAAACCACAUUUUCAUCUUCUCUGGCUGGACUGAAGACGACGCAAAGUUGUCAAAGUAUGCGCCGUCCGUCUCGCAACGGAGCCUUCAACCGCAAGCGGGCGUUGCGUUUCCACUCCGUUGUGGACAUCCCCAUUGAAAUGUAUGACAUCCGGCAGAGUGCUUAUGGGUAAUGUGAACAAGGCUUUACUCAGAAAGACUCACAGCUGUAAUCGCUGCCAAAGGUGCUUCUACAAAGUAUUGACUCAGGGGUCUGAGUACUUUAUGUAAAUGAGAUAUUUCUGUAUUUCAUUUUCAAAAAAUUUGCAAGAAUGUCUAAACAUAUUUUCACUUUGUCAUUAUGAGGUAUUGUGUGUAGAUGGGGGGGAAUCUAUUUAAUCCAGUUGAGUUCAGGCUGUAACACAACAAAAUGUGAAAUAAGUAAAAUGUGUUUUGUUUCAGAAAUUGACUUGCAUUCCGGAAGUAUGACAUAUCUAUGAAUGUGUUUUUAUUUAUGAAUGUGUUUGUUUCUGUAUCGGAGCCCAUGCAUCUAGAAUAGAUACGUAUCAAGUCAUCUUGAAAGGGAAAGAUCCACAAUAGGUGAUGUUAAAUGCGUCGUUAUUUUACCAAAUCGGUAACAGAAUGACCAAAGAUUCAGUAACAGAAUGAAUGCAACUGAAUUGGCUACAAUAGGAAUUCAUAGUAGACACAAACCACAGUUGGGUCACCUGCUACUGUCCUCCCUUCCACCGGCAUACUGUUAUGUUCAGCUCAAAACUUGUUUUCUUUCUCUUUCUGUCACCUUACAUGGUGGUCAAAGCAAGUGUGUGAAAACGGUCUGGUGAACCCCUCUCCCUCUUUCUCCAGUUAAUGUCAACUCUCCCGGCUCUUACUGACACCUACCCAUGAGCCCCCUAUUUUUUAAUUUACUGUAACCAGCCCUCUCAUCCACUGAGCGCCGACCAACAUGGGAUGUCCAUGGACGUUGAAAAGUUGUUGAAAUUUGGUCAGUCCAAAUCUGAUCCAAUCAUAGACAUCUGUUUCACAAGUUUGGACCGUACAGCACACUAGAGUACAGUAUAAUUUACUGUGCACUGUACUGUACUGAACUGAACCAUACUGUGAUGUCCGAACUUGUGAAACAUAGACAUCUAUGAUUGGUACAGAUUUGGUCUGGUCAAGACCAACCAAAUAUCUUGUUUGGGGGAGAAGCUCAUUAGAAAAAUAGCCAUCAUUCUGUUACCAGGUGUUAAUCCACUUAACUUAGUGUAGUUCAAUAACCAAAGUAGAUUUUUUCAAGCUCAAGGUGUCAUCAUAGCUGACACCCCAUUCUUUCUGCAGACAUCUUUGAAUCAGACAGAAAUACUCCUCAAUUUCAUCAACUGUCCGGGGGGCUGGUCUCAGACGAUCCCGCAGGUGAAGAAGCCGGAUGUGGAGGUCCUGGGCUGGUGUGGUUACACGUGGUCUGCGGUUGUGAGGCCGGUUGAAUGUACUGCCAAAUUCUCUAAAACGACGUUGGAGGCGGCUUAUGGUAGAGAAAUGAACAUUCAAUUAUUUGGCAACAGCUUUGGUGGACAUUGCUGCAGUCAGCAUGCCAAAUGUCACACUCCCUCAAUUUGAGACAUCUGGGGCAUUGUGUUGUGUGACAACUGCACAUGUUAGUGGCCUUUUAUUGUCCCCAGCACAAGGUGCACCUGUGUAAUGAUCAUGCUGUUUAAUCAGCUUGUUGAUAUGCCACACCUGACAGGUGGAUGGAUUAUCUUGGCAAAGGAGAAUUGCUCACUGACAGGGAGGUAAACAAAUUUGUAGACUCAAUUUGAGAGAAAUAAGCUUUUUGUCCGUAUGGUACAUUUCUGGGAACUUUUAUUUCAGCUCAUGAAACAUGGGACUUUACAUAUUACGUUUUAUAUUUUUGUUCAGAAUAAAUGGGGUGACCGUAUUUACGUACAGAAUCAUACAAAAUGCUCUGAGACCAGGUUGCUGUGGUUGUAAUCCUACCUCUGGAUGGACUACUUAAAACAUAUCCACACUCCUGUGAUUCUCAAUCAAAGCCCUUAUCUGGGGAAUCAAUCAUCAUUUAUAAGAAUCUCUAGCUCAAAUUAGAUUUUUUUAUUUUUAUCAACCAACAGAACACAUUUCAAGCACAUAUUAGCAUUGUAAUCUACAGUCAAGUCCAGAGGUCAAUUGGUGCUUUGUCAUGUUCAUUAUCCCCAAGUCAGCUAUUUUAUUUCAUCAGCCAAGCCAUGCUGCUUGAUGCUGCUGAAGACAAUAAUGUCGAGUCGGACAAGGCUAUACAAGGACACGCCUGACGCCCAAACCGAUAUUUCAUUUCAGAAUUUAUCAAAAUGAGGUCAGGUAAGGGUCAGUUUUAGGUUUUUGCUAGUCGGUUUAAUGACCUGAUAGUCUCCCCCGGUCGAGUCAGACAGCAUCAGGACAGUAGACCGGGAGGUCGAACUACGUCAGAAGGGCUGCUCUGUGUGUCUGACUCAGUGUCGAGGAAAAAAGCGCACAGCCAUUUAUAUCUACGGGUCUCCUGUCUGAAUUGAAUGACUGGUCCUCUCGCUCCCUUUUUAUUGUUAUUUUUUUAUCGGGGCUUUCGAAAGAUAAUUUUACAGCUAGCAAGUUGAACAGGAGUCUACGAAAUAAUGCUGAAGUUCGAAAGUAAUGCCCAAGGAUGCUAAACCGGCUGGCAAGGCUGCAUUGUUCGGAGGAGCCCAAGUCCUUUGUGCUUUCAUCCCUCAACUCAUCCCGUGCUGCUUUGUCUUUAAUUUGCCGUGCGAUACAGACGGGUAGGUGUGCGAAGCAUCAUUGCAUUUAUUAUGGCAUAUGUUGAUUCCCUAUGUUUUUGUAAAUAUUUAUUUCAAUGAUCGGCUUUUUGUGGCUUUUCCACGCGUUUUAAUGAAUGGCAAGGGGAAAAGAACAAAGACUACGCGUGUCUUUUUAAAAGGAAGUGUGUCGUUUCAUGGGGUUUGCCGAUCAGAACGUAUAAUAGGGUUUACAUUUGUGGAGGGUUAAAACCCCGACUCUAGCGCGCAUUCUCUCUCUUAAUAUUAUAGGAGCAGUGCUCUAAAUUAUUGAUGGGACCCUUUUCUUUAAGUAACGGGACUCAAUGCUGUAGACGCUUAUUUAUAACAAGUUCAUCUGCGAGUUCUGUCUCCAUUAUCAGUCAUAGUAAUCGUCUUAAAAUGACUAAUAUUAAACAUUGCAAUUUGCAUCCAAAGUUGUCAUUUCGUGGAAAUAAAUGCCUUUUCCAAGAGGUUAUGUGAGGUAAUGGCGGCAGCCAUUGAGUUGAUAUGUGGAUGAUAUAGCUUUGUAUUGCUGCCUGCAUGAAAGACGAGAUGAGCUCUAUGGCUUUCACUGACCCUUUGUUAGCUGAUCCUGCCUUACUUGCCUUAUUCAUGCACUUGGGGAAGAUUUGUUAUAUAAAUUAAAAAAUCUGGUCACCAAACUUUUCCUGUUUGACAUUCUACUCUAUAUUCAGAAUUGCAGUUAUGCCAAAGGAGCCAAAAUAUUCUAGAUAAGAGGUAGAAUAGAAAGAGGGAUUGAUACUGCUAUAUGUUUGCUCACCUGAAUUGCUGCUGAGUGCAAUGGGGGCAUCACUCCAUAACUAGCUAGUGCUGAUCCUACAUUCAAGCUUUUAAUCAUAUUCCCCAACCUGAUGAGUCAUAACUCUAAUGAAGAGUUUUUCUUUUUGAGAUUUCAUAUGAGCCUAUACAUUUUAUGAAGUCCACAGGUCAUGUGAGGACACGAGGGAUGUCAAUUUAGUCCUGUCAUUGUUUCAGUAGUGUUUUUAUUUACAUGGCUGAAGGUCUCAUAGCAGUACAGUAUUAUAUGCUGGUGCAGUAACGAGGACAAGCUGCACAAAGAUCAGGGGACCCACAUACUGUAGGGCAGGCCUGCCUUUCCCUGACCUGCAUACAGUAUGAUUAGAGCAUCCCUGUCCUGGACCGUUCAUUAGCAUCCAUUCAGCCGCUGCCAAAAUGUAGACAGCAAUUAUUUGUUUCAGUAAACAUAAACACUAUGAACAAGAUAUUUAAUAACAUGACAUUCAGCCCAAUUUUGCCACAUACUUCUUUUUUUUUUAACGACAUUCCGUGUACUGAAAUGAAGUAAGUUGAUCUCCAUGUGUAGUGAAAUGACUGAUUUCUCCUACUCAGUCAAUGAGCCAUCUCGUUCAAUCUCUGGGACUCCAUCAGUGAGGGUGGCAGUGGAGGCAGCGGCUAAGUCAGACUGUGUUAACGGUUGACUGGGUUGAAUUUUCUGUGGGGAACUAGGUGGACGGAUGUCGUCCAUUUGAGGGACCAUAAAGGCAGCUUCUAUAUAGCUCUCCCGUCUUUGAGAGUGCCUCUUUUGUGCUGCUCUCUCCAGUCCAUUCUCUCUAAGGGCAUUCACUUCAGCCUCCUCAUAUUUCAUAAUCACUUCCCUCGGGAAGGAGGCACUCUUUUUAUUAGGGAGACCUGCUGCAUGGCACGCUGGCCAGACUAGACAGACCAGACCGUGUGAGAGCUCUUUCAGAGGUGAAGCGGCUGCCGCAGAUAACAUAACAGCUCUCAUGUGGAUGCUUUUGGCUUCUCUCUGCCUGGGUAAAUGGGAUGACCAGUUUCUCCAGUUUCCCUACAGAUAGGCUCUUUUGUGAUGAAUGAUAGUUGUUAUAAUAGUGCUAUACCCUGUGGAAGUAUUUUUUACAAAUGAUUUCAAGAAGGUGUGUUUGGUACAUCAUGCAGAUAGUCUGCUCCAUCAGUGUAAUAUUUCAUAUUUUACCAAUGCCACUCCAAGAGGAGUAAUAUACCUAUUUGUGUUCUUUCACUCCCUAAUGGGUUUCUCAUAGUAUAGGGCUCCAGCUGCAGGCAGCAAGCAGUAGUGUUGUAUUGGCCAUCUUUCUGCAGCAGUCAGCGCUGCUAUUUCUUCUCUCUCACACAGAGGGUUCAUAUGAGUUUACUGCAGGCUUUUACCCACUUCUUCUCUGCAGAGAAGCAUGCAAAAUGCUCCCUUUCCCCCUCAGUGCUCAUGUGUGUGUCUGACUGUGGGUGUGGUGUACUCCUCUCAGUGCCCAGCCCCACGUCCCAGUCCCUCAACUAGAGGCCGACCUGGUCAACAUGAACCUGCAUGGCGCCGGCGGAGGCCUCGACCGCUGCAGGGACAGUGACCGCCGGCGGUCUAGUGACCGCUCCCGAGACAACUCCCACGAGAGGGGCGAGGGUCAGCUGACCCCUUGCAUCAGGAACAUCACCUCGCCCACCCGACAGCACAACAGUGGUGAGUACUCCAUUACUGCUUUGAGACCACACAGGGUGCUUGAUGCAACACUGGCAUAACAAGGCUGUCUCAGAUGCCUCAGGUACAGCUGUUGGAUUGAGCCCCUUCCUAACUACAUAAAAGCAGUGGCUGAAUCAGAGCUCUCAGAAAUAAUGUGGUUUCAUUAUGUAAAAAUCGCCUUAAAGCCUCACCCAGAGGCGGAGCCACGGUAGUCAUACUACUCCUACUCAGUCUGUACCCACUCAGGGAAUUAAGCCAAUGACUGAACUGAAUGAUGUUUAAAUUGCUACAGUUAGAGUUGAAUAGUAGAGUCUUGAAAGGAAACCAUUUUGACUCUUGCAAAAGCUUUCAAUUACUUGACCAUCGUUAACAAUGUCCCUUUUCAUCCAGUGUGAUGAGACAGCAGUGUUGGCACCUUACCUACAGUACUCUGCCUGUCUGUGUCUCCCAGAUCGUGAGCGGGGCGAGGGUGGUUCUUCCUCCAGGUCGUCGAGCCCUCGGCCCCCCAGGGCCUUAAUCUCCGUGGGGCCCAGCUGCAUCGCAGCUAGCAGCAGCAGGAGCAGCCUGUUCAGUACUGAGGCCCACUGUAAGGGUCUGGGUCAUGGACACGUGCACGGUCCCUGUGACCUCCUCUACGUCUAUGAGAACGCCAAGGAGGGGACGCGCACAUUACGGACCGCCGAGAGGGUCACUCUGAUAGUGGACAACACCCGCUUCCUGGUGGACCCGGCCAUCUUCACCGCCCAGCCCAACACCAUGCUGGGAAGGUAUAAAGCAUAAUAUUGUAUCACUACAAAUUAAAGGGCUAUCGAAAGGGAUAUUAAAACAAAUUAAUUUGAAACCGAAUGUUUUCUUCUCUCAUAGAAUGUUUGGAUCUGGGAGGGAAUACAAUUUCACCAGGCCCAAUGACAAAGGAGAGUUUGAGGUGGCAGAUGGAAUCAGCUCAAUGGUUUUUAGAGCCAUCCUGGUAAAUCACUCUCUGGCUUUAUAAGAAUGUCUCAUUCAGGUUUGAUAAUGUCAUCGUUUUUCACCUAAUGUGCCCAGAGACGGGUUGGUAUUGACGAAGUGAAGGAUUACGCUGCUGCGUCAUUAAUAUAAAUGACUGGAAUGGCAAAGGCAUUCUCUCACAGAUUCUAUAUCCAUCCCCUAUUUAUUUUAUUAAGAAGAAGAAUAGGCACUCAGUAUUCUGACCUAUCUUUCUAAAAUAAGCACCCUGAUUAUGGUACCAAAUUAAAGGGAUACUUCGAGAUUUUGACGAUGAUGCCCUUUAUCUACUUCCCCAUAGUCAGAUGAACUCGUGGAUACCAUUUUUAUGUCUCUGUGUCCAGUAUGAAGGACGUUAAGGUACACUGCAUGACCAAAAGUAUGUGGACACCAGCUCAUGGAACAUCUCAUUCCAAAAUCAUAGGCAUUAAUAUGGAGUUGGUCCCCACUUUGCUGCUAUAACAGCCUCUGCUCUUCUGGGAAGGCUUUCCAUUAGAUGUUGGAACAUUGCUGCGGGGACUUGCUUACAUUCAGCCACAAGCAUUAGUGAUGUUGGGCGAUUAGGCCUGGCUUGCAGUCGGCAUUCCAAUUCAUCCCAAAGGUGUUCGAUGGGUUUGAGAACAGGGCUCUGUGCAGGCUAGUCAAGUUCUUCCACACCGAUCUCAUCAAACUAUUUCUGUAUGGACCUCGCUUGUGUCAUGUUGAAACAGGAAAGGGCCUUCCCCAAACUGUUGCCACAAAGUUGGAAGCACAGAAUCGUCUAGAAUGUAAUUGUAUGCUAUAGCGUUAAGAUUUCCCUUCACUGGAACUAAGGGGCCUAGCCCGAACCAUGAAAAACAGUCCCAGACUAUUAUUCCUCCUCCACCAAACUUUAAAGUUGGCACUAUGCAUUGGUGCAGGUAGCGUUCUCCUGGCAUCCGCCAAACCCAGAUUUGUCCGUUGGACUACCAGAUGGUGAAGCGUGAUUCAUCACUCCAGAGAACGAGCUUCCACUGCUCCAGAGUCCAAUGGCGGCGAGCUUUAAACCACUUCAGCUGACACUUGGCAUUGCGAAGUGAUCUUAGGCUUGUGUGCGGCUGCUUGGCCUAGGAAACCCAUUUAAUGAAGCUGCCGACUAACAUUUAUUGUGCUGACGUUGCUUCCAGAGGCAGUUUGGAACUCGGUAGUGAGUGUUGCAACCGAGGACAGACACAUUUUAGGCGCUACGCGCUUCAGCACUCGGCGGUCCCUUUCUGUAAGCUUGUGUGGCCUACCAAUUUGCGGCUGCGAUGUUGUUGCUCCAAGAUGUUUCCACUUCACAAUAACAGCACUUACAGUUGACCGGGGCAGCUCUAGCAGGGCCGAAAUUUGACGAACUGACUUGUUGGAAAGGUGGCAUCCUAUGACGGUGCCACGUUGAAAGUCUGAGCUCUUCAGUAAGGCCAUUCCACUGCCAAUGUUUGUCUAUGGAGAUUGCAUGUCUGUGUGCUCGUUUUUAUACACUUGUAGUGCAUUCGUAUGCAAUUACGAACGGAUACGUUGACAAAUAAGCUUGUUUACAAACAUCUCUGAGGUUAUCCAUCUGACAUUGUGUAUUUUUGCGGAAGUGUGGAAAUGGAGGGCAGAUAAUCUGUGCAGUGUUACGUAAGGCAGAUUUUCAGGGAUCAGAGCUACUAAUACUGUACAACAUGCUAGUGCUUUCAUUAUUGUGUCCGUUCGCCCCGGCAUUCCACUUAAGUCUCCAGGGACAAAGGGCAGGAGAACAACCAGGUAAUGGCAUCUGUUUGUGUGUAUCAUAGGGUUUCUGGGCUUUAUUUCAUUCUCAGGGGCAGCUCUCUGUGUGCCUCAGAGGUAGUACUGUGUUCUAGCAUGCCAGAGUAGCAAUUUCACAUCUGUAUGCUUCUUUGUAUGGGGGAGAGAAAUGUAGAUAGUCAGGACACAGGUAUGCUACAAGCACUUCUGUGUUUUGAUUUCAAGGCUUAUCUUGGAUUUUCAGUAUUGAACGGUCUCGUAGUACAGAUCUGUUCUGUGAUUGUGAAGAGCUCUUUGUAUCAAAUGCGACCCGACCAUAACAGCAGGGAGAGAAAAAAAAAACAUGGCUGGCAGCAUUCGCAUUUAGGGCACAAAGAAAGCUAACAGCCGUUUCUGACGCUAUCUUGUGAAUAUCCGAGCAUUGCUGCUGUUGCCUCGAUACCUUUUAUUUUCAGCGUUAUACUUGAACGAUGUCAAUAUUCCGCUGGCUGUAAAUAGAUCUGUGGGGGUGGGGGGGGAGAGAGGGUUGUGACGUCGCUGCCAUUUGCUGUUGUCAGAAGGCUCUGUUCUGUGUUUGCGCAGAGCAGCCUCAGUAAUGGCUGCUUGGUUUUUGUUUUUCCUGUGUGACUUUUAAAUGGCAGGAUUACUACAAAUCUGGGAUAAUCUGCUGUCCUGAUGGGAUCUCCAUUCCUGAGCUGAGAGAAGCAUGUGACUACCUCUGCAUCUCCUUUGACUACAGCACCAUCAAGUGUAGAGACCUCAGUGAGUGUAUAUAUGUAUAUAUAUUAUAUGAUACCCUCUUUUCCCUCUCAUUGCUAUAAAUUGAUAAUGGGUUAUUACAUUUUAGGCAGAAUAGUCCUGUGUAAUAUUUCAUGCCAUGUCGUUCUGUAUUAGCUGCAAUAUUUAGCCUGUGUUAAGUGUUGUGGGGGUGUUGAUAUGAUGCACAGCUCUGAAACCAGGUCAAUAUUAGCCUACAGAUUUGAUGCACGUCAGAUCGCAGUUUCCACAAUGUGGGUCACUGACUGCUGUAGCCAUUGAUUGACAUUGUUUGAAAUGUGGAUGAGUGCCUAGUUUUGUUGACUUGCUGCGAGUGAGCUAGUGCGUGUUUGUGUGAGAACAUGUACAGUGCAUUCGUAUUCAGAGCUUUCCCUUUUUCCAAAUGUUGUUGCGUUACAGCCUUAUUCUAAAAUGGAUUAAUUGAAUGUUUUGCUCAUCAAUAUACACACAAUACCCCAUAAUGACAAAGGUAAAACCUUUUUUAAUUUAAGUAUUCAGACCCUUUGCUAGGAGACUCGAAAUUGCGCUCAGUUGCAUACCUGUUUCAAUUGAUCAUCCUUGAGAUGUUUCUACAACUUGAUUGGAGUCCUCCUGUGGUAAAUUCAAUUGAUUGGACAUGAUUCGGAACAGCACACACCUGUCUAUAUAAGGUCCCACAGUUGACAGUGCAUUUCAGAGCAAAAACCAAGCCAUGAGGUGGAAGGAAUUGUCCGUAGAGCUCCGAGACAGGAUUGUGUCGAAGGCACAGAUCUGGGGAAGGGUACCAAAACAUUUCUACAGCGUUGAAGGUCCCCAAGAACACAGUGGCCUCCAUCAUUCUUAAAUGGAAGAAGUUUGGAACCACCAAGACUCUUCCUAGAGCUGGCCGCCCGGCCAAACUGAGCAAUCGGGGGAGAAGGGCCUUAGUCAGGGAGGUGACCAAGAACCCGAUGGUCACUCUGGCAGAGCUCCGGAGUUCCUCUGUGGAGAUGGUUGUCCUUCUGGAAUGUUCUCCCAUCUCUGCAGCACUCCACCAAUCAGGCCUUUAUGGUAGAGUGGCCAGACGGAAGCAGCUCCUCGGUAAAAGGCACAUGACAGCCCGCUUGGAGUUUGCCAAAAUGCACCUAAAGGACUCUCGGACCAUGAGAAAAAAGAUUCUCUGGUCUGAUGAAACCAAGAUUGAACUCUUUGGCCUGAAUGCAAAGCGUCACGUCUGGAGGAAACCUGGCACCAUCCCUACGGUGAAGCAUAGUGGUGGCAGCAUCAUGCUGUGGGAAUGUUUUUCAGCGGCAGGGACUGGGAGACUAGUCAGGAUCAAGCGAAAGAUGAACAGAGAGAUCCUUGAUGAAAACCUGCUCCAGAGCGCUCAGGACCUCAGACUGGGGUGAAGGUUCACCUUCCAACAGGACAACGACCCUAAGCACACAGCAAAGACAACGCAGGAGUGGCUUCGGGACAAGUCUCUGAAUGUCCUUGAGUGGCCCAGCCAGAGCCCGGACUUGAACCCGAUCUAAUGUCUUUGGCGAGACCCGAAAGUAGCUGUGCAGCGAUGCUCCCCAUCCAACCUGACCGAGCUUGAGAGGAUCUGCAGAGAAGAAUGGGAGAAGCUCCCCAAAUACAGGUGUGCCAAACUUGUAGCAUCAUACCCAAGAAGACUCGAGGCUGUAGUCGCUGCCCAAGAUGCUUCAACAAAGUUUUUACUGUUAUGGGGUAUUGUGUGUAGCUUGAUGAGGGGGAAAAAACGAUUUAAUCAAUUUUAAAAUAAGGCUGUAACUAAACAAAAUGUGCAAAAAGUCAAGGGGUCUGAAUACUUUCCGAAUGCACUGUACAUUUCAGCGUGAGAACUGGAGUGUGAUCAUCACAUGUCCCAUGAUGCACUUUCAUGACCCUGCCCCACUGACUCCACCCACUCCUAUCUUCUAGGUGCACUCAUGCACGAGCUGUCCAACGAUGGGGCGAGGCGUCAGUUUGAGUUCUACUUGGAGGAGAUGGUGCUGCCUCUGAUGGUUGCCAGUGCCCAGAAUGGAGAGAGGGAGUGUCACGUGGUGGUCCUGACCGACGACGACGUGGUGGACUGGGACGAGGAGUACCCUCCGCAGAUGGGAGAGGAGUAUUCACAGAGUGAGUCAGGUCAUUCGCCUCACUGGCUCUGUUGAUAUAGUAUAUGUGCAUAGUAGUAUACUGUACAAGCAAGCCAUUUCAACAAUCACCCAUGAGAGGUUUAUAUCCUUGUGUGUUUGACUGGUAUGACAUGUAUCCCUAAUGUUAAAGGCCCAGUGCAUCAGUUCUGUGUAACAAGUUACUUACUGUAAUAGUUUUUCCUUAAAAUUGUCAAAAAGAAACAAGUUUCAUCAGCUGUUAUGACAUGAUACAAACCCUGGAAAUAAAGUGCACUAGGCAUUUAACAAUUCUGAACACCUGACCGAUCUGUAUUGCUGAAUGCCUGUGCUAUUUUACGUCUAAUAUGUAUGACAUUUUAAUAAUUUAAAAAAUAUUACUUAUUCAUUUUUCUUGACAGUUAUAUACAGCACAAAACUGUACAGAUUCUUCAAGUACAUAGAGAAUCGAGACGUUGCCAAAUCAGUAUUAAAAGACAGAGGACUUAAGAAAAUCAGACUUGGAAUUGAAGGUAUGGUGGAUCAUCACUGAAUUUCCUUGUUCCACAUAAUGUCAAUCAAGAAGUUUGCUUUCAUGUCUAUUCAAUUUCUGAUAACACUAAGCAAGUUGCUCUUAAACCUACCAUAAUCACUCAUAUCCAUUACUAUUAUGCAAUCCUUAUAGGCCCUAUUGCUACAUUACAGCAUGUGACAAUGUUACUAGUAGAGUAAUAACCGUGUUAUUCUACAGGUACAGUUGAAGUCGGAAGUUUACAUACACUUAGGUUGGAGUCAUUAAAAGUUGUUUUUCAACCACCCCACAAAUGUCUUGUUAACAAACUAUAGUUUUUGCAAGUCGGUUAGGACAUCUACUUUGUGCAAGACACAAGUAAUUUUUCCAACAAUUGUUUACAGACAGAUUAUUUCACUUUAAUUCACUGUAUCAUAGUGCCAGUGGGUCAGAAGUUUACAUACACCAAGUUGACUGUGCCUUUAAACAGCUUGGAAAAUUCCAGAAAAUGAUGUCAUUGCUUUAGAAGCUUUUGAUAGGCUAAUUGACAUCAUUUGAGUCAAUUGGAGGUGUACCUGUGGAUGUAUUUCAAGGCCUACCUUCAAACUCAGUGCCUCUUUGCUUGACAUCAUGGGAAAAUCAAAAGAAAUCAGCCAAGACCUUAGAAGAAAAAUAGUAGACCUUCACAAGUCUGGUUCAUCCUUGGGAGCAAUUUCCAAACGCCUGAAGGUACCACGUUCAUCUGUACAAACAAUAGUAUGCAAGUAAAAACACCAUGGGACCACGCAGCCGUCAUACCGCUCAGGAAGGAGACGUGAUCUGUCUCCUAGAGAUGAACGUACUUUGGUGCGAAAAGUGCAAAUAAAUCCCAGAACAACAGCAAAGGACCUUGUGAAGAUGCAGGAGGAAACAGGUACAAAAGUAUCUAUAUCCACAGUAAAAUGAGUCCUAUAUCAACAUAACCUGAAAGGCCGCUCAGCAAGGAAGAAGCCAUUGCUCCAAAACCGCCAUAAAAAAGCCAGACUACGGUUUGCAACUGCACAUGGGGACAAAGAUUGUACUUUUUGGAGAAAUGUCCUCUGGUCUGAUGAAACAAAAAUAGAGCUGUUUGGCCAUAAUGACCAUUGUUAUGUUUGGAGGAAAAAGGGGGUUGCUUGCAAGCAGAAGAACACCAUCCCAGCCGUGACGCACGGGGGUGGCAGCAUCAUUCUGUGGGGGUGCUUUGCUGCAGGAGGAACUGGUGCACUUCACAAAAUAGAUGGCAUCAUGAGGAAGGAAAAUUAUGUGGAUAUAUUGAAGCAAUAUCUCAAGACAUCAGUCAGGAAGUUAAAGCUUGGUCGCAAAUGGUCUUCCAAAUGGAUAAUGACCCCAAGCAUACUUCCAAAGUUGUGGCAAAAUGGCUUAAGGAGAACAAAGUCAACGUAUUGGAGUGGCCAUCACAAAGCCCUGACCUGAAUCCUAUAGAAAAUGUGUAGGGCAGAACUGAAAAAGCGUGUGCGAGCAAGGAGGCCUACAAACCUGACUCAGUUACACCAGCUCUGUCAGGAGGAAUGGGCCAAAAUUCACCCAACUUAUUGUGGGAAGCUUGUGGAAGGCUACCCGAAACGUUUGACCCAAGUUAAACAAUUUAAUAUAAUAAUAAUAAUAAUAAUAAUUGGUCAUUUAGCAGACGCUCUUAUCCAGAGCGACUUACAGAGCAUGGGUAAUGCCUGUCAAGGCAAUGAGAUUUCAAUGGCGUGAAUUAGAACACUUCGGUUCUAACAUUACACUAAUACCUGCCCAUUUAACAUUCUUUAAAAUAAAUUGAGUGAUCCUACACUGAUUAAAAGGGAAUGUACUAAAUUAAAUGUCAGUAAUUCUGAAACACAGUUUAAAUAAUUGGCUAAGUGUAUGUAAACAGAAUUUCUACUAAUUCAAUGUAGAAGACAACAUUAAUAUAUGCCUAAGGGUUACCUACUUAACUGGUAAGAAAUAUAAGCUAAUUACUCUUAUGGUAUUAAAUACUUUAUGAUAAUUAUAAUACAACAUGUAUUUAAUACAAGGUAUUUUUCAAAAAUUAGAUAAGUGUUAACAGAAAACGUACAGUCACCAACUCCUAAACAAAAUGUAUCUUUCUACCUUCCCAGGUUACCCCACCUACAAGGAGAAGGUGAAGAAGCGUCCCGGCGGCCGGCCAGAGGUCAUCUACAACUAUGUCCAACGGCCCUUCAUCCGCAUGUCCUGGGAGAAGGAGGAGGGCAAGAGCCGCCAUGUUGACUUCCAGUGUGUGAAGAGCAAGUCUAUCACAAACCUAGCAGCCGCCGCUGCAGACAUUCCCCAGGACCAGCUUGUCAACAUGCACCCUGGCCCUCAGGUGGACGAACUGGACAUCCAGCCUCAGCCCAUCUACCACUACGAGCCAGACCCAGACGCCCCCUCACCGGCUGUCUGA